AAGGCCGUGGCUACCCGGGCCUGCUUCCUCGGCGACCCGGUUCCUUGCUCCGGCUCCCCCUUCUCAGUGCCCAGAAAUGAAGAGAAAAGCCGUGAAGGCUGGCAAGCUGAGACUGAGCCCCAAUGAAGAGGCAGUUGUGUUGAAGGAAGAUUAUGAGAGGAGACGGAAGCUGAGAUUGCUACAGGUUCGAGAACAAGAAAGGGAUAUCGCGUUACAGAUAAGAGAAAACAUAAAACAGAGGAGGAAUCAGCAAUUCACUCAAUUGGCAGAGGAGCUAAGGGCAGAAUGGGAAGAAUCACAAACUCAGAAAAUCAAGAGCUUAGAAAAACUGUAUUUGGCAAGUUUAAAACACAUGGGAGAAGGACAUCGACAGGCCAAGGAAAAUGAACCCGAUUUGGAUGGUCUGGCACAGCGGGCAGCAGAAAGGAGAAAACGAGCAGAAAUGAGGCAUAAAGAGGCACUGAAGAUACAAAAAAAUCAAAAAGAAAUAUUAAUGAAACAGAAAAACCGGCAUAUAGAUGCUCGAAAGGAAGCUCUGCUUGCAGAGAAGGAGAGGUCUGCCAAAAUUACCAGUUUACCACCGCCUCCGCCGACUCUUCUCGAGAACAUUGAUGUAAAGGGAAUUCCUUCUGUAAAGACCAGUAGUGCUACCUAUCAUCAUCUUAACCCUCUUGUGAAUAGAGAGACGGGCACAAAGCAGCCAGAUCCUCAUUCGGCUGCUGCGGAAGAAGCUAAACGCCUGGAAGAGCUACAGAAACAAGUAGCACAAGAGAGACAGGAACAGUUUGAAAAGGCACAUGUACGGGGUUUCCACGCAAUGAAGAAGAUCCAUUUGGCUCAGAAUCAAGAGAAACUAAUGAAAGAACUCAAACAGCUACAACAAGAGGACCUGGCGCGUCGGAGACAGAAAGUAGCACGGAUGCCACCGCAGCUAGUUGAACUGCCCUACAAACGCACUGAAAUGAAAGAAGCCUGGCAGAGGGAGCUGGAGUUUGCCUUUGAAGACAUGUACAGCGCCGGCAGGAUAGUGAAAGGAGACCUGAUUUUGCACCUUGAACCUGAGCCUGUGCCCACUGUGAUUGACCAGACCCAAGAUGAGGAGCUGGACCUUUCGAUGGAACAAGAAAAUGCAAGUGAAACCGAAAAUCUGCAAGUGACGGAAGCUGGAAAAAUAUGUCCUACUGAAAUAGAUGUUCCCUUGGUCAUGAAGACCCAAGAAGUCCCUUCAAAAAUUCUUUUUACAAAAUUAUUAAAUAAGAUCCGAAGCCAAAAAUCUCUCUGGACAAUACAAUCUGUGUCUGAGGAUGAAAGUGAAAUGAUUACAGCUACUAGUGAAGCCCGGAGCACAGCACCAACGGUGGAGUCAGGAACGGUGACCAGUGAGGAGCUCGCGCUGCCCCCUGGGCAGCAACCAGUUGAAAGUGAUACACUAACAAUUGAGUCUGGACCACUUAGCACUGAAGAUAAGACACUUUCAUGUACCACAGACACCGAAAAGCAACAAGAAGUAAAUGAGACUCAGCCUCUCACAACGGUAGUUCAGAAUUCAGUUCUCCUUCAUCCUCAAGAAGAAGCAGCCAGAAUUAGAAUGUCAGCAAGGCAGAAACAGAUAAUAGAGAUAGAAGAACAGAAGCAAAAGCAGUUGGAAUUACUGGAGCAAAUCGAACAACAGAAGUUAAAAUUAGAAGCUGACUGCUUCAAGGCCCAGCUGGAAGAAGAAAGGAGGAGAAAAGCUCCACAGUCCACGGUGAAUGCUGCUCCCGAACCGGGCGCCACGAUUUCCGAUGAAGACAGUCACAGGCAGAUGAUUCAUAACUAUCAGCACCAGCUUUUAGAGCAGAGCAGAUUACACAGACAGUCUAUUGAAGCUGCCCGCAAACAAUUACAUGAUUAUCAGACUGUGCUAAAAGAAAGGUACCUGUCUGUGUCAACUCCAUCAACCAUACCUGAUUCCGCACCACCUCAGAAGGCUGAAAGGCCCACUCUCAUAUCAGAACAUCGGGAUCAAGGUCAGAGACCCAAGCUGAGUCCUAGCAAAUUGCAUCCCGUACAGAUAUCCCAGUUAGAACAAAGUCAUUAUCAAGUGCCAAGAGAGAAGCAUUUUUCUCAAAGACAGGCAGAAAUGGUGGAAACAUUCGGAGCAUCAAAUGUUUUAGCCAGACAAUGUGUGGAACCACAAGAACAUCUAAGGCUGUUCCCACAUGCUGAAACACAGCAGAGACCUUAUACAUCAGUGCCAAUUUCGAGGGCUUUGUCACCUUAUAGGCCCGUAAUAUUGCAGAAUGCUAGAGAAAUACCUAGGGCAGCGGCGCUUCAAAGUGUAGACUCUCAGCAGAUACUCCCCGAUCCCAGUCCAGGUGUGUCUUCUAAGCUGACCGAGGCCUCUUCAUUUCUGCCUCUGGUUGCUGAGCGCUCUUUCUGUUCUCUGCCUGCUAAAGAAGAACACGACAGAGCCCAGGAGCACCUUGCAACCAAGAGCGAAAGUGUGUUUUCCUUAGGCCACUCUAUAGUCAGCCAGACACAGGACAGGCCCUUGCUCUCCUCAGAACAUCUGACAGCCCAGCGAGGCAAUGUGAAGGCUCUCCAAGAACAGCUGGACCUACAAAAGGAAGUUCAUCAAGCAAGACAGGAGUCUCAGGAGCAGUUCCUUCUGCACAAGCAGAAAGAACUGGAAGAGCAACUUGACAUCUCGCUGUUUGUUCCGUCGGUAGCUCCGCGUUCAUUUCUUUCACUCCCUUCUGCCAAAGCCGAAUUAGGGCAAAUCCAUGAAUCUUCUUUAUCCAAGAAAGACACUGCAGUGUGCGCAGGCCAUCCUGUGUUCCCGCAAAUUCAGGAGAGGCCUUUGAAUUUUUCACUGUCUGAUUUAUCCCAGCAAGAUAAAAUUAAACUUCUCCAUGGACAGCUGAAUGUCCAAAGGGACGUGCUUCAGGCUAGACGAGAAGCUCAGGAAGUAUUAUGUGUACAGAAACAGAGGGAAUGGGAUGAAAGUGUAUCUUCUGAGCAGGCUGUUGACUCCUCUACCACCCCAUCUCUGCUGGCUCAGCGCACAUUCCCAUCAUUGUCCUCUUUAGAAACUAGAGCUGGAAAAGGCCAGCGGCAGUACUUAUCAAAGAGUGAGGAAGGAGUCUUCUCAAGCCAGUCUGAAAUGCCAGCCUCUCAAGACCAGUCUUCUCAUUUCCUACGUGGGUUCCUACCUCAGCAGGAUUGUUUUAAGCUCCUUCAAGGACAGCUGACUGUGCAGAGGGAUGCUCUUCAGGCUAGGCAUGAAACCCAGACCGACGUACUUGUACACAGAGAGAGUAAUUUGGAGGUCAGUGCUUCUGGGCAGAUGAGUCCUUUGUUCUCAACCAUCGUUGCUCAAAAUUCGGUUGCUUCACAAGCUUCUGCCAAACCUGUACCUAGAAGAAUUCAGAACCUUUCUUUAUCUGAAGCGAGUCAAAUUCCUUCAAAUCAUAUGGUAAUCCCAACAUUUCAAGAUAAAUCUCUUCCAGGUUUUCCACAGCAUAAGCUAGGACAACACGAAAAUGUGACAACACUGCAUGAACAAUCUCACAUGCAAAGGGGCAUACAAGGUACUAACCAAGCAGUUUGGGAUUUUGUGCGUAAACACGGUGAAAUGGACAAAAGGUUUUCUGCUGAACCGGUGGGCCCUUCUUCAUCCCUAUUCCAGAUAGCUGAAUUGGAAAGAUCCCGAGAAUUCAUGUCACUCAAAAAUGACAGUUCAUUUUCCUUAAGCCAUUCUGUGAUCCCAGCAUUUCAGGAAAGACCUUUGAGAUGUUCACAACAGACACCCCUAAAAGAUCAUUUCGAAGGACGCCAAGAGUGGCUGGACAUGGAGAACAGGACUCUUCAGUUUGGCCAGAAAGCUCAAGAAAAUCAAUCAUCCGAGCAAGCUGUGUCUUCUUCUUUCUUAUCCCAGGCCGGAACUUCUUUGCCUCCUGCUGGUACAGUCCAGGAACCAGUCUUGAUCGAGAGUGACAGUGAAAUUGUGUCAAGCCAUUUUCAGGUCCCACAAUUGCAGGAUAGACUUUUGAGGAUAUCACAACUGAUCCAGCCUCAACAAGAGAACUUGAAGUCACUUCAAGAGCAGUUAGCGACACAGAGGCAAUCUAUUGUCCAGUCUAGACCGGAUACCCAGGAACAAUUACAUUUACAUCAGCAGAGUGGGUGGAAGGAAAAAAUAUCUCCUGAACUGGCUGGUGCCACAUCUUUUGUACCCUCAGUAGCACAGCAUUCAUUUGCUUCAGCGCCUCUCACUGAAUUGAAGAGAAUCCAACAAUCUUACCCACCUAAGACUGAGAAUGCAACCUCCUCAAGUCUUUCUGAGAUAGCAAGAUUGCCCGAGCAGCUUUUGGAUUUAUCAAAGCCUGUUUUACCUCAACAAAAUAACUUGAUUACACCUCAAGAACAACUAGGUGCACUGCCAUAUGCUCUUCCUCCUGGCGAGAACACUCAGGUUUUGCCCAGGCCAUGUAGACCCGAGGAAAAGAGACCUGGUGAGCACUCUAUCCUGCCUCACUACGGUGAUUUGACAGCACUUCAAAAGCAGCUCAGUGUACAAAGGAGAACCAUUCGAUCUGCACAGGAAGUCCAAGAACAAUUGCUUUCACAAAGACUAAGUCAGUUAGAGAAGAGGGUAUCAUCUGAGCAGGUCAAUGCCUCUUCAUUGUUACCCCAGGUGGCCCUACCUGUUGACGCUGAAAGAACCCGAGAGUUUUUUCCAGUGAAAAGUAGCAACACCAUUCCCUCAAAUGAUCCCGAGGUUCCAGAAACCCUUGUGAGUCUCAUGAGUUUACCCUGGUCUGGUCUGCCUCAACAAGAUAAUUUGAUAGCACUUCAAGAACAAUUGGACUUGGAAAGAGAAAUGAAGUGUUCUAGUGAGAAAACCCAGGAAGAAAUGCUUUUAAACAAACAAAGCAAGCUGAGCAAAAGUGACUCUUGUGAGCACACUCUCUUCUCUCUGACUCUGCCCAAAGAGCUGGAGCCGUCGUUUAUCCCACUGCCUUUUGCUGAAGCCAAAUCUAAAAGAAUAUGUGAAAGGGAGUCCUCCAGCAACGAACAGAAAGCGCCCUCGAGCAAUUUUAUGACCCCUGAAUUACAGUCUACUUUGAGGUUUUCACAGCCUCUCUUAGCUCAACAAGAUAAUGUGGGACUUCAGAAGCAGUUGAAUCUACAAAGAAAAGCACUUCAUUAUAGCCAAAAAGCCCAAAAAGAAUUGCUUGUCCAUCGACAAACAGCACUGCAGCAACAGAUACAGAAACAUCAAGAGACCUUGAAGGAUUUCUUUAAAGACAAUCAGACAAGCAAGCCUCCUCUAGAAGAUGACUUAAAAGGCCAGAAGAUGGAGCAGCUCCGAGGGUGGUUUCCUUGUCUCCAAGACCUAGCCAGAGACCAUCCGGAAGGUGGUAAUCACGCACAUAGGAAUGGCUCUGGUGGCCAUGAACUGCUUUCAGAAGUUACCGCUGCCACGCCAAGUGGUGAACAUCUGAACAAAGAAUUGGGUAGGAGAUCCUCAAAGCCACCUCUAGCAAAAGUUCAAUGUGGAUUAGACUUGCACCAGCAUGAACUCAGUGCAAUACAGGAAGUGGAAUCACCAGGAAGUGCCAGAGCUUCCAUACUAAGUAAAAGAGAUUUCUGUCAUCAAGACAGAGAUCUCCUGAGAGUGUCCAUAAGCCGAGAACACAGUUUACUUGAUAGCUCUGCGGACCUUCACUCUCUUGGUCAUCAUCUACCAGGUACCCACAAGAAUGUCUCCAGGGAUGACUCUGAUGAAGCGGUUGAGGCCAAGGCACCUGUUGCCGAGAAUCACACAAUAUUAAGUCAUGCUGUGGAGGAACAAGCACCUACAUAUCUGGGUUCAACUCUGAAGCCAGAAAGUAAGACUGAGACACACGAGAUGUCUCAUGAGCCAUUAUCUUCAAUCACCAUUUCUACUGGGAGCUUUUUAAGUUAUGAAAACACAGAUUUCAGCCUUACUGAUCCAGAGUCUUCUACAGAGCAGGUGGACCACAGACAACAAGUAUCUACCACCGGAAAGGAAGAGGAGACAAGUUUUACAAGUUCUGUUACUCCUUCCGUACAAACUUUUUAUCGGAGGCAGGAAUCUUUUGACAUCCACAAACCUCCCUUGUCUGUGCUAGAAACAUUAACAUCUGGCCAAACAAAUGUGCUGCAGAUCAUAGACAAGUACAUAAAUGAAGCCAGUGUAGUGCCUGGAAAAACUGACAGUAAGGUUCCAACAGUUGGCCUUGACUUCACAGAAUUGGAGCAUGCUUUUCCAAAUUUGCAUCGCCAGCUCUUUCAACCCCUAGAAUCAUGUCUAGACUUUGAUUUAUCCUUGACCUCUGGGACUUCUCAAGAGAGCAAAGACUUUUCCAAGGGCCCCGAGUCUUCAUCUCCAAGCCAACAUACUACUACCGCUUCCUUCAAAGGCUCAGUUUCUCUUACAGGACAGAGGAGCAGCAUGUGCUCUUCUCGUAAUGCAAGUCUAGACCAGCAACGUGACUUCCAUUUGGCUCCUGUUGCGGCUCAGAGAGCUGAACAAUCUUUUCAAGAGCUUGCACCAGAGUUUUCUGUAGAAGAGGGGAGCCAGUAUGCUGAUCUACCAAGUGUUUUUAGCAUUGAAGCAGGAGAUUCGUCUCAAGUCGAGGAAAAUCAGAACCACCCCUCUGAAGAAAUGUUGCCGAAUAAGAAAAACCCUCAGUUCCCAGUCUGUCUUGAAACUGUGUCAAGUUCAUCUGAUGAGGGUAAUGUCUUUAGGCAGUUAAACGUACAACAUAGCACCCCGUGUGGCUCUACCUCUAGUGAGUGCUCAAUAAAAGAUCAACAAGAAGACGGGAGAAAAGGACCGAGUUUUACAAAAGUCCCUGAAAGAGGACUUCACAUGAUGUUAGAGAGCCAAGGAGCCGUUGAAGUUGAUCAAUGUGCAGCAGGCGAGCCUCCAGACAGAAAUCCAUACGCAGAAGAAACUGACUCGGAAUUACGCGUAAGAACAGUGGAGAUGGGAACUUCACUUCUGACACCCCCCUUAUUAACUAAUCAGAAUGAAAACGAUUUUGAGACGCCAACUUUUAAAAGGGAAACUCCGGAAAGCUUAAGCAACCUCUCUCAGCCAGCACCGCCAGAGCUCUUCCUGAGCGCCGCAUCGCUGUCAGCGCCAGGCUCAGUUCCAACCUGGGAGACAGAGUCUGGCUGUGGCAUAAUGGAGGAACCAGAACUUACCUUAGUAAGCACCAGUGACAUCAGUGUUGCUGAAACAGCGGUAGAAUUUGAAAACUUAACUCUACAAGACAAGGAGGUGAGUGAAUUUCUGCCCCUUGUGCCAGAAACAGGAAGUUCAGAUUCUCCAUCUACAGAGCCUUCUGGGAAGCAAACAUCAACAUCAACAGAAACUCUUCCAACUCUUAGAGCUGUGCCUGAGAGUUUACAAGAAGCAUUUUUUAAAAAGAAAAAACUAUUUAUUGCAAGAUCAACUCUGAGACAGAAAGAAAUAAGGGACCGUGCUAUAAGAGUCACUGAAAACCCUCCAGUAGUGAAACCUACAGGCUCUUCUGUAAACCAACUGAAAAGUAAAGUCUCUCUCCCUGAAGACAGAAAAUCAGAAGAAGCCCUCAUGUACCAAAGGACUCUGAGGUCAUACAAUCAAUUAGCUGAAGUGAAACAGCAAAGGGAAAGAAAGGCAACACAAGAAGCUUAUGCCCAAAAUAGAGCGAGGGCUAGAGAAUUCCAUAAGAAAACAUUAGCGAAACUUCGAGCCAGAAAUACACGCUGAUUUUCUGCACUGUAAACAUUUUUGUUUUAUAGAUUUUAUUUAAUAUUAAUAAAUUUUAUUUAAGGAGUUUUA